AUAUUUAAAUCAUUAGAUGAUGAACAAUGUAUGAGAGCACUGCAUCAUUCACUGUCUAUUGUCUCAGCUUUACAUGAUAUUUUACAAUAUCUCUGUGCUCAUUCAAGACUUGGCAGUUCUCAUGCUAGAUUGGGCUCCAGAAAGUUGGAAUUUGUAUCAGCUGAUUGGGGUGGCACUGAAGGCAUUGGUUCUGAAUUACGUGAAAUUCAAAAGCAGAUAAACAAUUUAAAUAUACCAACAGAUCCUAAAUCUAUUGGUGAAUUCCUAGCUUUACGACGUGAUGUUAUGUUUCUAGAAUUUGAUACUGCUGUAAGAUAUUCAAUGGCUGAUACUUUUAUAGCCACAGGAAAUAUUCCAGCUUUUAAGGCUGUGAAUAAUAACACCUAUCAUGCUCUACCUUCAUUAAGUAAUGUACAGAAACCUAGUUUAUUUAAUACACAGCUCGUAGUACCUGAACCAUUAGAACCUCGUGAUUCUACAGCUUUUAUACUCUUUCCCUGGAGAAGUUUUCUUGGCAGAAAUGGUCCAUAUCCUGUCAUGCAUGAUCAAUGGGAUACAAUAGAAUAUAAUAUACAGUUGUGUUUAUCAGGUUUAAAAGAUGUAGACAGACAUGUAGCCAAUGGUGAAAUAUUAGGCGUUAGUUUACUGAUGGAAGAUGUUUUACAUCUGGGUAUCCAAGACAACAUAUUCAUUGAAGAACCAGUAGACUCUGAUAACCAGCACCUCAAGACUCAAGAGUCUAAAUCUUCACACCAUGGCAGUAUUCCUCAAUUUAAAACAGUAUCAAGAAAUCAACAGCCUUUAGAAGCAUAUAAACUGUUAAAAUCUUUCCUGAAACUUUGGAAAUGUUUAGAAAUAUUGAAAUAUGAUUGGGGUAAAAGGAGAGUUAUCAGACCUUGUAUUGAUAAUACAAGAAUAUUUAAAGAGUAUAGUAAACUAUACAGAACAGAGAUAUUAUUACCAGUAUUACAGUCUAUAGCUAGAAGAUUAGGUCAGGGUGAUAUCUAUGAAGGAUUAGCAUUACAUACUGAUAUACUCACAGUACCCAAAGGUGUUUCAGAAGUAGAGGUUAAAGCUAAACAGGUCUGUAACUAUCUUACAAAUUAA